CGGGCCGGCCAUGAGCCAGACGGAGCUGUCCACCUGCGCGGCGCCCGCCCCGCCGAGCCAGCGCGUCUUCCAGGAGGCGGUGCGCAAGGGGAACACCAAGGAGCUCCAGUCCCUGCUGCAGAACAUGACCAACUGCGAGUUCAACGUCAACUCCUUCGGGCCCGAGGGCCAGACGGCGCUCCACCAGUCGGUCAUCGACGGCAACCUGGAACUGGUCAAGCUGCUGGUCAAGUUCGGCGCAGACAUCCGGCUGGCCAACCGCGACGGCUGGAGCGCCCUCCACAUCGCCGCCUUCGGAGGCCACCAGGACAUCGUCCUCUACCUAAUUACCAAGGCCAAAUACUCGUCGGGCAGCCGGUGAUGUCCGCCCGCCGGGGGAGGGAUGGAGCGGAGGGGUCUGCGGAACUCCACGAGACGAGGCCUGCUAGCCCAUCGGGCGGUUCCCGCGGAGCCGACGCGCUGCUAUGGCCGCCGAAGAACCGGGAAGGGCUUCUGCGGGCGCACGGUUCGCAUUCGGCGCUCCCCGCCGCCUCCUCGGACCGGGACCUGUUGACGUUCCCUUCUGAGCAGUGGACAGAACGUGCGCUGUGACUAUUGGCUUCGUCUCCCCCCCC